CCGCCGGCAUGAUGUUGCUCCGUUGUCGUGCUUAUCGGAACUAUCAAACUCAGUUCCAUAAUCCUAUCGGGCCUCGGUAGUAUUUGCUUGAUUUUACCCAUCGUCCGCCUCAGUGUUCCUCACAUGCCAGCUUUAUCAUCGCAAGCCCACCCACAACCGACCUCCGAGAUGGUCAUAGAGGGGCGAGGAGGGAUCCCAGGGCAUAUAUUAACCCUGCAACCACCUACAUCAACCAGCGCCGAGUAUUGAAAUCAUCAGAUCCUGGUCCAGCGUUCGACCUACCGGUAACAUCAUGUCUUCGACAUCAGACCGCUUUUCAGCAGUAUCAGAAAAAUUCACCACAACACGCUCGGCAUCACAAACUGUUCAGGUCGAAUUCGGAGGUCAGAAGGUCGAUAUACCCAAAGGAGGUUACUAUGACCGCUACCGUAUGAACCCGAACCUCGAUGAGGUAGCCCAGGACCCGAAUGUCGGACACGAUAUUUCAUUCUUGCGGAAAAUCCCUAAGAAACUGGUUGAUUCGAGGGUCGGUCAAGUAUAUGCACCUAAUUUCUACUAUCGCACUAGCAGCGUUCAGCUCGUCAUGCUCGCGCCUCUUGACCACUUGAAGUCUAAGCUUCCGUCGCCUUUGGAGCCCAUCACAGCAUUGCCUGGUUACGGUUUAGUUGCAUUGACAUUUUAUUCGUAUCUGGUCUGCGAUAAUGAUCCUUACAACGAGGUCUCGAUCGCCAUUAUCAUUCGACAACCGGGUAGCACGAGUUACAGUUCCACACAACUUCUCAGCUCUAUAUGGAACCGAACAUUCUACGGCUAUGUCUUGGCUCUUCCAGUCGAUACCGAGAUUGCUCGGGUGAGGGGAAUAUAUGGAUAUCAACUCCCUAAGUGGAUGGCCAAUAUUAACCUAAACAUGGACAAUCACAACAUCAAGGCCGACAUUAGCGCGACCAACGGAACACUAGAUCUGUCACUGGAUGUACCCCUUCCAGCUUUGAGGACCAUUCCGUCAGAAUCACGAAUUGGGACUAAUAACGCGGUCAACAAGAUUGACGGGAAAUGGUACCAGGUGGCUGUUCAGACGAACCCCCUUUUGGCGACACAGUGUCUUUUCCCUACCAAUGUCAAGCUCGCUCGGAACGAAGGUCCGUUAAGUCAACUCCUCAACGAGCUGGGCGUCUCGACCAUUGUGCGGAUGGAUGUUAUUAAGGAUGCGCAGAUGGUCUUGAAUAUGCCCACUCCCUUGAAGCCUCCAUAUGGUUUGGUUCAAGUGCAGAUUGAUUGGCCACCUGGAAGCACAUAUGACAUGCCCCCUGCUACUACCCCUGGGAUGUGCUACAAGCCAGAUCUGCUUGCACCUGCUGAUUUGCACUUGGAAGCAAUCUUCAGGAGAUCUGGGGUAGCCAAGGUCAACCGGUUUGACCAGCAAUCUCAUGACAUCAGGAUCAGUACUUCCUCCAAUGCUUCAGUUCGGUCGACUACAUUUCCGUUUCUUGCCAUAAUAGAGACAUUUAUGGAUGGGUAUCAUCUCUUGCAGGCCAAAGCGGAGUUCCAGCCCAGUCCGACCAGAAGACUGUGCAGGGACGUAUGA